AUGACCAUCAGUAUUGAUAAUGCACUGGGUGUGCAUGCCAAGGCGUUGGAAUUACGAGCCGAACGUACAGAAAUACUGGCGCGAAAUAUCGCCAACGCGGACACACCUGGAUACAAAGCCCGGGACAUCGAUUUCAAUUCGAUCCUGCAGGCGCACAAGUCGGCGGGCACCAGCGAGCCCCGUGGCGGGCGUGUUAUGCGCACUGACAACCGUCAUUUCGCAGCGGAUCAGGGUCCCGGCGUUGACGUUUCGCUGCAAUACCGCAACCCGAUAAUGCCCUCGUUAGACGGCAACACCGUUGAUACCCAGCUGGAACAGGCUGAGUUUGCCAAGAACAAUCUGCAAUUUCAGGCCAGCAGCGGUAUGGCGGCGCAAUCUCUGCGCUUGAAUACCACUGCCAGCAACAUCGCCAAUGCAGAAAGUGUGUCGGCGAACCCGGCGGAUACCUACCGGGCCCGAUACCCGGUUUUUCAGGCGAGUCUCGACAACGCGAUGGACUCUCAGGAGGCCAGUACAGCAGUCACCGUGCCCGGCAUCAUCGAAUCUGACAAGCCGCUCAACAUGCGCUACGAACCUGAUCAUCCUUACGCGGACGAUAAAGGAUAUGUCGCAUAUCCCAACGUCAGUGUGGUGGAGGAGAUGGCCAAUAUGAUUUCUGCCAGCCGCUCCUUCCAGGUCAACGUAGAAGUGAUGAACACUGCCAAAACCCUGUCUGAUGCAACCGGCCCCGGGAAAAAAGAGGAAGAGCUGGGUAAAACCGCCUUUCUGGAACUGAUGAUCGCCCAGGUUCAAAAUCAGGAUCCGCUUGAGCCCGCUAAAAACGAAGCCUUUAUCGCUCAGCUGGCUCAAUUCUCGAGUGUUGAAGGUAUUCAGAAUCUCAAUGAAUCCAUGGAUUCUCUGGUUUCAACCUUUCGUGCCAGUGCUGCAGUGGAUGCUUCAGCGCUUGUCGGCCGCAACGUACUUAUACCCACCAACCAGACAGCAUUGAAUACCAGCGGCGGAAUCGGAGGCAGUAUCUCGGUGCCUGAGGCCGUAGGUGAACUGACCGUCACCAUCCAGAACAGCAGUGGCCAGACGGUGCAGCAGGUCGAACUGGGUGCGCGUCCGCCGGGUGAAGUGCGCUUUAACUGGGAUGGUUUGAGCCAGAACGGCGAACCCGUCCCACAGGAUUUUUAUCGCAUCGCUGCGUUUGCCGAUGUGGAUGGUAUCCAGCAACAGUACGAAGUGAGUUUGCCUGACCAGGUGGUCAGCGUCUCGAUAACCAAUGAAGGCCUGAUCGCAAAUCUUGCGGGCGGAGAAUGUCGUAUGUCGUUUAAUGUCGCCCUCAGUGGUAUGAGUGCAGCGUCCAGUGAUCUUCAGAUCACGGGUAACAAUAUUGCCAACGCCAGCACCAUCGGCUUUAAGGCCAGUCGGGCUGAAUUUGCAGACGUUUACGCGUCUAGUCUUUUAGGCACCGGAUCCAACCAGGUUGGGGCUGGUGUAAAGCUUGCCAACGUUGCCCAGCAGUUUGAGCAGGGCACAAUAUCUUUUACCAAUAACAGCCUGGAUCUGGCGAUUGAUGGCAACGGCUUUUUUGUCCUCAGUGAUAAUGGUGCCCGUUCCUAUACAAGAGCGGGCUCAUUUGCUGUGGAUAACGAAGGCUUUAUCACCAGCAGCACCGGUGCUCGAGUGCAGGGCUUUACCGCGAACGAUGGCGGUACGCUAAGUGGUAUUCUGGGUGACCUGCAGAUUAAUACAUCGAACCUGCCACCUCUGCAGACCACGCUGGUUGAAGCGAAUGUCAACCUGGAUGCGCGGGCGACAGUUUUAUCGGAGCUGGGUAGUGAGCUGGUUACAACCGGUUCAGCAGUAGGGGUUGCACAGUUAGGAUUACCGUCACCAACAGCAUCGCGUCUGGACACCAGUGGUGCGCCGAUACCUUUCGACUUCUCCGUAGAUACUGAAUCAAGCAUAGGCGCUGAUGCUGUUCUAACGCCUUUUGAUUUUUCCGGUGCCGCGGCCUCUUCUUUUCAGGUACAGCUGACAGGCUCCAGUGUGCCAACUGAAAACACCACGGUGACAGUUAACCUCGACACCAAUAUUGCUACGCUUCAGGAUCUGAUUAAUGCCGUGCGUAACGAUCUGGCGGGCUCUGGCAUUGGCAUUGACGUCCGUGAAGAUCCGGUGAAUCUGGGUCGUUUGCAGUUUUUUGCCGUAAACAGCGGUGAAAACAGCACGAUUACGAUUGAUCCUAACGAUUCUGCAGUACUCGGUGCGGGCGUAACCCAGGCAGAUAUUGAAGCUGUUCUGGGCGGUAUAGCUCUCGGUCAGGGCGGUGGCGCUGGUGCCAGUAAUAUUAAUCCGGACCCUUACGGCGGUACCGCAACUGCGGGGGCAAUAGGCAAUAUUUCUUCAGCGACCUUUGACAUAACGCUGGCAGGCUCCAGUGGUAACAACGGUACUGCAACGAUCAACCUGGAUUCUGAUAUCAGCGAUGCUGCAACGCUUAUUGCUGAUAUUGAAAAUGAACUGAUCGCCUCAGGUAUCAGUGUAAGUGUGCAGCUGGACCCUGCUGAUUCAUCGCGGAUACAGUUUGUAACAUCGGUCCCCGGUGAAUCUUCAUCCAUUAGUAUUGGCAAUCUCGAUACAUCGAAUAUUGGUGUUUCGCAAAGUGAUUUGACUGGAGUGUUGAGCCUUGCAACAGGUGUUUCUGCACCGGGCAUCGCGGCUGCCAGUAAUGGCUACAGCGCUCAGUCUGUGGAUGUUAUUUAUCCUGAUGGCAACGUCAUUUCUGUUGAUAUAGAUGAAGGCGCGACCGCUGCUCAAAUCGCGGCGCAGUUUGCCAGUGCCACGUUGCCCGAUGUGAGCGCAUCGGCUCGUACAACAGCGACUCUUGCUGCCACCGAGUACAACAAUACCAGUGGCACGCUGGAGCUCAGUAUCAAUGGUGUAAGCGUGUCAGGCACAACACUUGCUGAGCUGAAUGACAGUAUCAACCUUGGUUUGCCGGGUUUAGGCACGGUCAGUUCUGUCAUUGAUACCAAUGGCGAUCUUGUGAUCCAGGAUCAGGUAGGUAACGACCUUGUAUUUGCAGCGGCUGGGGACGUAGCUGAUUCGCUUGGUAUUCGUGGUACCCAGAGUCUUGGCGUAACCCUGGAUACAACCGGUAAUUCGGUUGCGGCAGUGGGUGGUGAAAUUGAUAUCACACUCAACGAAGGUAUCACCAUGGCUAAUGCACAGCCUGCGGUGACAAACAUUUUUGGGGUGUUGGAUGAAAAUGCGUUCAGCCAGUUUUCGCUGAACACUUUCGAUCCAACCAAUCAGGACACCUACAACGCAGCAACAUCACUGACGAUUUUUGACAGCCUGGGUAACCCGCACGCGUUAAGCCUCUACUUUGUUAAAGAGCGCUUCACUCCGGAUGUGCCGGGAGAAGAAGAAAACCGUUGGUCAACCUAUGCUUUGAUUGAUGGUCAGAAUGUAGGCGAUCCGGAUCCAAACUUACCGCCACCUCAGAAUCAGGACGCAACCCUGGCGCGAUUUGCCCUGCAGUUCAAUUCAGAUGGCACACUGAACCCUUCGGGAACAGAUCCAAUUCUGGUAUCCAACUGGGUGCCUCUGGAUGAAGAAGUGGCGGUGGGCUACCGGUACCUCAACCACCAGGCAUUUGGACAGGACUUUGCUCUGGGCUCCAUAGAACAAAAUGGUUUUGCUACUGGUAAAUUGUCUGGUCUUGCAAUUGAUGAUUCAGGUGUUGUUGUUGCACGUUUUACCAACGGGCAGAACUCAACCCUGGGUCAGAUCGCCAUCGCAGAUUUCACCAAUACUCAGGGUCUUACCUCGGUGGGUGAUACAUCCUGGAUUGAAACCAAUCAGUCAGGACCGCCGGUGGUUGCCGCGCCGGGGUCAGGCUCGUUAGGUAGUGUGACGUCAGGUGCGUUGGAAGACUCGAACGUUGAAUUAUCGGAACAGUUGGGCUACCGUGCCCGGGUGUACGGUGUAAACGAAGCGCAAGGCGUAGAUUUGAGUCCGGGUUCAGCGAUAGAAACCGGGCGUGAUCUCGAUCUGUCUAUUAAUGGUGACGGCUUGUUUUCCGUCAUUGGUCCUGAUGGCAACGAAGCGUAUUCACGUAAUGGUGCCUUUCAGGUUGAUGCUGCCGGGCGACUGCUUACCCAGCAAGGGUUACCGGUGCUCGGCACAGGUGGCCCGAUAGCGUUGCCACCUUACGAAACCAUUGUGUUUGGUAAUGACGGCACCGUCACAAUCCGGCCCCAGGGCCAGGGACCUGAUGCUCUGGUGCAGAUUGACCAGCUCAAACUGGUCAGCACUGCACCUGAGAAUCUGCGAAAAAACGGGGCAGGCUUGCUGGUUACCAAUGACGAACUACCCUUAGUCAGGGAUCCAGGUGUUUCUGUCACCUCUGGUUUUCUGGAGUCAUCGAAUGUCAAUGCGGUUAAUGAGCUGACUGAAAUUCUUGCUCUGGCAAGACAGUUCGAGCUGGAAGUCCGGAUGAUGAAAGUUGCAGAAGACAAUGAUACGGCUUUGCGCACAAUCUCCAACAACCUGGCCAACGUUGGGACAGUCGGCUUCAAGAAAGACCGUGCGGUUUUUGAAGAUCUUGUUUAUCAGAUUAAUCAACAGCCCGGUGGCCAGGCCACCCAGGAUGCAACUUUGCCUUCAGGUGUUCAGCUCGGAACCGGCGUACGUAUCGCAGGCACGCAGAAGCAGUUCACAAUGGGUGCUUUACAGAAUACGGAACGGUCGUUGGAUCUUGCUAUCGAAGGCCGAGGUUUCUUCCAGAUCUCCAUGCCGGAUGGUUCUUUAGGCUAUACGCGUACGGGUAGUUUCACGCUUGAUCAGGAUGGUCAGAUGGUUACUGCUCAAGGCUAUGCAUUAGAGCCGGCUAUCAAUGUUCCCCAAGGCGCAACAAGUGUAACCAUCGGUGAAGAUGGCACCGUUAGUGUGCUUGUCGGCGGUGACACAGGCACCACUCAGGUGGGUAACCUGCAGCUGGUAGAUUUUAUCAAUCCAACAGGCCUUGAAUCGCUUGGUGGAAAUCUUUAUCGCGAAACUGUUGCCAGUGGUGCUGCCUUACAGGGCACGCCUGGCCAGAAUGGUAUUGGUCAGGUUGCACAAGGCAUGUUGGAAGCUUCAAAUGUGUCUGUAGUCGAAGAAAUGGUCAAUAUGGUGGCGACCCAGCGUGCCUACGAGAUGAAUGCCCGUGUGGUCUCCACAGCGGAUCAAAUGCUGCAGUAUCUUUCGCAGAAUAUUUAA